AUGCCCCGCCGCUCCUCUUCGAGGAGCAACUCCUCUCGUACCGACCCUUUGAAUCGAGCUGGCCGGACGCUCUCGCGUUCGGGAAGUGCAGCCGCGGCCUCGGACAUAUUGUCACUCUCGUCGACCACGACGUCCGGCCGUAGCAGAGCGUCCGACCAUAGCAUCGACUUUGAGUAUUCCAAUUGCACUGGAACCAAGCGAGCUCUUCUGAUUGGUGUCUCGUACGGAUUCCUUAUCACCCAACACGGCUACAUGGGCCCAAACGUUACAGUGCUUAAGGAUGAUGGGGGUGACGACGACAAGAUUCCUUCGCGCGCGAACAUUGUGCAGUACCUCACGAGGUGGCUUGCUCCCGACGCCCAGCGCGACGAUGCGUAUUUCUUCUACUUGCGACACCUCCUGAUUAACCCUCUCCCUCGCGCUGCCCGCCUCACGGCUCUGUUCGAUGUGCCGCACAGCAAGGGUCUGAACUUUCCUUUCUGGUCCACCUGGCAGACCUAUGUUAGCCGCGCUGAAGUCUUGAAGAACACCCUAGACACAAUGCGGUACUGGUACAGUGCAGCAAACACUGACCCUGCAAGCGUUGUGUCACAAAUGCGCCGCCUCGACAACGGAUCUAUCAAUGACGAGUUCACCGAAGGCCAGUACAGCUACAUUGAGUACAACAACACCUUGACCCUUCAUGACGUGGUGGUAUUUGAUGGCUGCCACGAAGCCAAGAUUGGUCGUACCGCUACGGCUGCCCAGGACACGGGACCCCUUCUCAAUGCUUUCAUGGACUCAGUUAGCAGCCACCCCAACUGUCUCACUCAUCGUCAGCUACUUGUUGAACUCGCUUCGAGCCUCGAGUAUGAAGGGUUCCUCGAGCGUCCUCGCAUGUUCUCAUCCCACAUGUUCAAUGUGUACCGCGAAUUCAAGUUCUGA